AUGCGCCGCCAUAUCUCGCCCGAAUUGGCGCGUCUACGACCGGUUCUGCAACGGACCAGUCAGGCCGGACUAGCCUACAGAUCCUACGGCACAGAUAGCCUGGGGGAAUCGCGGACGAUACACUCUAUACCUUCUCGUUCUGCACAGGACGAUGAGCUACGCAAUCCACGAUCAGCGCAGGCCGUCCACCUCAAACCUCUUCGUCGCACUGCGGAGCAUGGCUUUCCUUCGUGCGACCUUCAACUUCGAUCUUACAGCGUGCAGCCGCUCGAUGUCUUCUCCGAUUUUGCACUCCGAGCCGCAUAUUAUCUGGGUCUACCCGCGUUGGGGCCUGUGCCACUGCCGCGUAUAACGGAGCGCUGGACAGUCCCAAGGGAUCACUUCAUUUUUAAGAAGUCGCAGGAGAAUUUUGAGCGUAAAACGUUACGCCGCAUGAUACAGAUUCAGGAUGGGAAUCCCGAGACUGUACAGCUUUGGCUUGCGUAUCUUCGGAAGCAUCAGUACUACGGCAUUGGCAUGAAGGCUAACUUUUGGGAGUUUGGUCCUACGGACGUUGAGCGCAACGAGCAGUUCCUGGAAGCUGGUGAUGGUGAGCUAUCGUCGACAUGGGAGCAUCUCAGUCAGACCAGAUCAGUCACGGAAGCUGAGGCCGAGGAGAUGCUCAGCCACGGUCGCUUGAGUAAUUCUUUGGGCCUGUCGCGUGCCAUGCCUCGUGCCAGCACACCUUCAGCUCCUUAA